AUUAAUAUUUUAUUUCUUCUUUUCGUGUUCGUCCUACGCUUCCACGAAAUCAGCUGUCGCGCCGGCGAAUUCCGAUCUGAUCCGAGCUCGUCAGAGAAUGCCGGUUGAUGAUGCAAAGCUAAGGAGUAUUCCUAUGGUGCAGGCGAGCUAGGGUUUGGUUUUCUGCUCCGUUCGUAACCUUUGUCUUCACUUCUUUGUGUCCUGCAACCGCUUGUUUUGAUGGCGGGGUUCGUGUGAGGGCUUGGAGCUCAUUUCAUUUGGACGGCGCACUGUUUGGAAAAGUGCGAGAACGGAGGUUCAUUUUGGACGUCAGCUGUCAUGAUUGCUGGAGUGUGAAAUGGUGGGAAGCACAAGAGCUGAAUUGGCUUCCAGCAGUCUGGAUGGAUCGACCUUUGGUGCUGGCUAUCCAAGUGGGCCGAGGGGUACUUAUACCAGUUCAAGUUUGGAGAGGUCAGGAAGCUUCCGAGAGAGCCUUGAGAACCGCUUAAUGGCUUCAACUUCGGGUGCAUCUCGGAAUGCCUCUCCAUCACUGGACACUCCACCUUUAUCACAAUAUUUGUCUCUGGAACCUUUCUCAACAAGCGAGCUAAAUCUUAAGUACAGCCGCCAAGGGGAACUAAGGAGGGCACUGGGUGUCUCAGUUGAAGAGCAUUCGUUUGGUUCUUUGCAGUCUAAGACCCUUCCACCAAUAGCAUCAGAGGAGCUAAAGCGUUUCAAAGCCAAUGUGCUUGAGACGUCCACUAGGGCCAGCAGGGACAGAGCAAAGUUGUUGCAAGAAUCUAUUUUGAAACUGGAUAAAUAUCGUAACCUUAUUACAAAAAGACGGUUACGUAAUGAGGCUCAGACAAGUGAGAAGCCUGCUAGUUCAAAUUUGUUAAAGAUGGGAAACCAAAUUCAUCAGAGUAAUUCAGAUAUUGCCAAUGCAAGGCCAGAGGAAAGGACAAAACUUGCCAUUCCAAACAGGCGUGUUCGUUCUUCCAUGGCGGAAGUACGGUCUGAGGGUCGGAGUACUAUUCCAGCAAGACAAGGUGCUGCAAUGGAUAAGGAUAAAAACAUGUUUUUUGAAAAGGACAAAUCCAUGCUUAGGGCCUGCCAUGGAGGACCAAUGUCCAGUGAAGAUAGAAUACGUGGACUACCUACUGGAGGGGAUGGAUGGGAGAAGAAACUUAAACGAAAGCGUUCUGUUGGUACAAUGGGCACUAGGAUUCCAGAUGGGGAUAGAGAGCUGAAACAAACAAUUCAGUUGAGGUCUAAUACCGAGUCCCGUUCUCGUCCCCCUGAUGGCAAUGGAUUCAGAAGUGGAUCAGCUAAUGGAGUAAUUGGAAGUAGUAAGACUGAGAACAAUUCUCAGAUCUGUGGUAAUAGCUCUCGCGUGAUGCCCAGGAAUGAACCGGAGAAUGGCUCUUUUCCUAAUGAUAGAAGCAAUCGCAUUACUGGACUUGACAAGGAAAGGAUCAUGCCUAAGGGAAGCAACAAGUUAAAUAACCGUGAGGAUUCUCAACCAGAAAGUGAAAGUCCUCCAAUAAAAGGAAAAGCCUCUAGGGCACCACGAACUGGUUCUGGUAUUUUGGUCGGUGCACCAAAUUAUCCACGUUUAUCUGGUGCCAUUGAAGGUUGGGAGCAGCCACCUUGUUUGAACAAAGUGCAGACUUUGAACAGCCCUGUCAAUCGAAAGCGUCAAUUGCCUACAGGAUCAUCAUCACCACCUGUUACUCAAUGGGUGGGUCAACGGCCCCAAAAGAUAUCCCGCACAAGGAGGGCAAAUGUAGUCUCUCCUGUCUCAAAUUUUGAUGAUGUUCAGGCUUUUUCUGAAGCUUUUGUUCCUCCUGAUGUUCCAACAAGGCUAUCUUCUGUGGAUUCUGGCAGUUCUUUAAACUCGAGGGUGGCUGCGAAUGGCAGUCAUCAGUUGAAAUUAAGACUUGAGAAUGUUCCUUCUCCUGCUGGAUUGUCAGAGAGUGAGGAAUCGGGUUUUAUCGAGAAUAAAAGAGAGAAAGGAGGUGGCAAUGGUGAGGGAGAGGAUGGACAUCCAAAUUUACCUCUUAAAGUGUCAGAUUUUACUUUACCUUCGAAAAAGAACAAGAUUCGUCCAAAAGAGGAAAUUGGAGAUGGUGUGCGGAGGCAAGGCCGAAGUGGUCGAGGGUCAAAUCAGUCAAAAGCAUGCUUGUCAUUAACAAAAGAAAAGCAAGAGAACGCUGACACAAUUAAGCCAAUAAAAAAUGGCAGGCCUACUUCUGAUAGAAGUGAAAGUAGGGUUGGCCGUCCUCCAUCGAAGUUGUCUGAUCGAAAGGCUUAUGGUCGUCCAGUGCCAAGUAUGCACAGUGGUUCUUCAGAUUUGAUAGGUGAACAAGAUGAUGACCGUGAAGAAUUGUUAACAGCUAUAAAUGCUACUCGGAACUCUAGCUAUAAUAAUUGUUCUAGUUCAUUUUGGAGGGCGAUGGAAGCAGUUUUUGGUUUUGCUAGCUCAGAGGAUUUAACAUUUGUGAAACGUCAGAUUACAUUUGCAGAAGAACUGGAUGAAAGUUUAUCCAGUAUGCUAGAUACUGAACACAAUUUGAUGGGAAACUUAUUUGGUGGAUCAGCUUUUGUAGAGCAGCCAAACCACACCACCUUUCUUGGGAUGAAUAGCUUUAUUGAGACUAUUUGCUCAGCGGAUGAGCCAAAGCCAGCUAAAGUGACAUCUAGAAAGACAGAAACAGAAAGUUGGUUUGACAGGAUUAUUCCCCUUUCUCAGAGACUUCUAUCUGCUUUAAUUUUGGAGGAUGGAACUGAAAGUCUUAACAGCAGUGGCGAACAAGAGUUCCUGCAAAUUUCAAGUGAUUGUUCUGCAUAUGGUACAACUUGCUAUUUUGAAAAUGAGUUGGAAUCAGCUGCCAUGAAAUUGGAUUUUGAGUUGGAUAUGGAUUACACCAGUCAGAAGAGUUGUGCCGCGGAUGUUAAAUCUUGCAAUGGUUUUUUAGCCCACAGCAACAAUAUGGCUUCAGUUCUCCAAACCUCCAUAUCUGGGGGACAUCUGUUUCAGGAGAAUGGUGUUUCAGAACACUUAGAUGCUGGGGCUCCUCCUGAGUACGGCCAUUGCAAUUCAUUACAGUUGUCUGGCACAGGUUUAUCCAAAAAUUCUUCAUAUGAAUGUCAGUUCGAACAUAUGCCUUUGAAUGAUAGGAUCUUGCUGGAGCUGCACAGUAUUGGCAUUUAUCCAGAUUUAGUGCCUGGUUUAGCUGAGGGAGAAGAUGAAGAAAUUGAUAGAGUUAUUUCUGAUCUUAAAAUAAAGUUCCUACAACAGGCGAGGAAGAGAAAAAGCGAGCUUUAUAAAUUAGAAAAGGCUCUUCAAGGAGUGAAAGAAGUUCAAGAGAGGAACAUCGAGCAGCUUGCCAUGCAUAAACUUAUCGAAAUGGCUUAUAAAAGACUGAUGGGUGGUCGAGGAAGCCAUGGUUCGAGCCAUAAAAGCAGUGUCAGCAAGAUUUCAAAGCAACUCGCCCGAGACUUUGCAAAACGAACUUUAAUCAGAUAUAAUAAGUUUGAGGAAACUGGUCAGAGCUGCUUUAGUGAACCUCCACUGCGAGAUGUGCUGUUCUCAGCAUUGCAGCACUGUAUCGAAUCAAGAUAUUCCGACGGUUUGGCAUCAAACAACGUUGACAGAAAUGGACCCAAGUCUGAGAGGGCUCAUUUCAUUUCAUUUCAAGGCCCUUCUAACAUGGCGGAUCAAGUAUUUGUCAAAAAUGACCCAUUUUCUAAUAGAGGGAAGAAAAAAGAGGCUUUACUUGAUGACGUUGUCACAAGUGCUGCUUCAAGAGCUGUUUCAACUCCUUAUAAUAUGGUUCCUGUUGGAUCAAAAUGGAAGAAAACUGAUAAAGAUAAAGAUCAUAGCAGAGAUGUACUACUAAAAACCCCAGGUGCUAAAGCCGGUCGCCCCUCGUUAAGCGGCAGCAGAGGUGAACGUAAAACAAAGACAAAACCAAAGCAAAAGAUUGCCCAAUUAUCAACCUCUGGAACCGGUCUCAGCAGGCCUUCUGAAACAAGCUUAUUAAAUUCGGGGCGGCCGUCUUCUGGCACUGCUAAUAAUGGAGGCAUCAAUAUUAGCAGAAUUGAAUCAAAACCAUCCAACAAUGUUUCUUCAGAGUUGUCUAAAGAUUUAGAAGACUCCAUUUUCACAAGCUUGCCUCUUAGUGGAAUGAUCAUUGAUGAAUUGGAUGUAGCUGCUGGGCUGGGUGGACAGGGUCAGGACAUUGGGUCUUGGCUGAAUGUUGAUGAAGAUGCGCUGCAGGAUCAUGAUUUAGUGGGCUUACAGAUUCCCAUGGAUGAUCUCUCAGAAUUGAAAUUGAAUUUCUGAAGAAUGAUUUUAUCUCCAGCCUGCCUCUUUGUGUAUACUCUUGGAAUCUAGAACAGGAUAUUAGAGCCCCUUCUCAUAGUUCUACAUACUAACAUUCAAAGUGUUAGAAUUUGUAACCAACCUGCCUCCACCCCCUUUUUUUCUUUUAUUUAUUUUUUUUUACUCCAUUGCAAAGUUUUGGAAUGUUGAUUUUUCCUUCAUUUGUUGUGAAUUUAUGUCGUUGUAUCAACUUGUAAUCCUGAUUAAACAUUUAUC